CCUAAAAAGUUAAUUUAGUUAAAUCAAACGUAGAACAAGUGAUUAUAAAACGAUUACUCGAGUGAUAGACCGAUAUGCGUGAGUGAGUGCAACAUAGUGUGCGACAGGAACGGCGACAUGUCGCGGAACGUCAAGUACCAGAGGCUGGACGAUGUCGAGAUCGGGGAGAGUGAGCAGGCCCUGGUGGCGGUUCGAAUCCCGAUCAAGGGUAUGACUUGCCAGUCCUGCGUGCGGAACAUUGAGGGCACUAUACGCGGACUGCGAGGCGUCGAGCAUGCUAAGGUGGAGUUAUCAGAGAACGCGGGUUACUUCCGUUAUGCGCCACGAGAGUGCAGCGCGGAGGCGAUCCGCGAGCGAAUAGAAGACAUGGGUUUUGACACGCAAGACACCGCCCAGGAAGAGACUAGAAAUCUCCUACCGAAGGAAAUCCCCACAGAUCUGCUGAUCGACAUGUCAGCUGCCGAAGAGAGCGACGUGCUCGUUAUAGUCGGCGGCAUGACGUGCCACUCUUGUGUCAACACUAUAGAGGGAGCUCUAAGAGAAACCCCAGGCGUGAUCCACGCCACAGUGGACCUCGCGUCCGGCACAGCCAGAGUCCGGGCCAACCGCUCUACCCUCACUCCACAAAAGAUCGCAGACAUCAUAUACGAGCUAGGCUUCGAUACGUCGAUCAAGAGCGUUGAUGGAGUCGAAUCCAGUGGGGAUAAUGAACCCAAUUCACAAGGCAAGGCCAACCAAGAAGCUUCAGGUGACGGCGUGCUGGUCAGACCAUCGCCCGUCAAGAGUAAAACACAAACUAAUGGCAAACUACCAUCAGAGUCAGAGUUAACACGAUGUACGUUAGAAGUGAAAGGGAUGACCUGCGCGUCAUGUGUAGCUGCCAUCGAGAAACACUGCUCAAAGCUAUACGGUGUGGACUCCAUCCUAAUAGCGCUGUUAGCAGCCAAGGCAGAAGUCAGUUAUUCAGCCAGAAAGAUCUCGGCGACAGACAUCGCUAACAGUAUCACUGAAUUGGGGUUCCCCUCUGAGGUGCUCAGUGUCGACGACGGAACGGGCCUUAAGGAGAUACAACUCACGAUACGCGGCAUGACGUGCGCGUCGUGCGUCAACAAAAUAGAGAAGACUGUACUUAAACUGACCGGCGUUGCGUCCUGCUCCGUCGCCCUCACCACCAGCAAGGGCAAAGUGAAAUAUGAUGCUGAAGUGAUAGGCCCACGAACGAUAUGUGAAGCGAUCAACAACCUGGGCUUCGAGGCGACCGUCGCCAGUCCGAACAGUAAAGGCGCCUCCAACUAUUUAGAACACAAAGAAGAAAUAAGAAAAUGGCGGAACGCGUUCCUAAUCUCUCUCCUCUUCGGCGGGCCGUGCAUGGUAGCCAUGGCAUAUUUCAUGGCCAAUAUGGGCCACCACCACGACCCUCGGGACAUGUGCUGCGUGCUGCCUGGCCUGAGCCUGGAGAACCUCAUCAUGUUCCUGCUGGCGACCCCUGUACAGUUUAUCGGCGGAUGGCAUUUCUACAAGCAAGCAUAUAAGGCGCUGAGUCACGGGACUUCCAACAUGGACGUACUCAUCUCUAUGACCACUACUAUAAGUUACGCGUAUUCCCUAGCGGUGGUGGCGGCGGCCAUGGCGUUACAGAAAGACACGAGCCCUAUGACGUUCUUCGACACGCCACCCAUGUUGUUAGUGUUCGUCUCAUUGGGACGGUGGUUGGAGCAUAUCGCUAAGGGCAAAACGUCAGAGGCCCUAUCCAAGCUGCUGUCGCUAAAAGCGACGGAGGCUGUGCUAGUGAACCUGGACGCGAACGGACAAGUGCUGAGCGAGAAGAAUAUACCGGUGGAGCUGGUCGAGCGGGGAGAUGUGCUAAAAGUGGUGCCGGGAGCUAAAAUACCAGUGGACGGCAAGGUGAUAUCCGGACAGAGUACGUGCGACGAGUCACUUAUUACCGGGGAGUCCAUGCCGGUGGCUAAAACUAAAGAUUCCCUAGUAAUCGGGGGCAGUAUAAACCAGCACGGAGCGUUACUGGUGUCCGCCACUCACACAGGCGAAUGUAGCACUCUCGCACAAAUAGUGCGGCUGGUGGAAGACGCCCAGAGCAGUAAGGCCCCCAUACAGCGGCUAGCCGACACCAUAGCCGGGUACUUCGUCCCGAUAGUUAUAGGUCUGUCUGUCCUGACGUUGGUGUCCUGGAUGGUCGCCGGCGCCAUUAAUGUUGACGUCAUCAAAAACAUCAUGCCGGAUUCGUACCUAAAUUCCGGCUUCUCUGACUGGGAGCUGAUCGUGCAAACGGCGUUCCACUUCGCACUUAGUGUCCUCGCUAUAGCGUGUCCGUGCGCACUUGGUCUGGCCACGCCCACCGCCGUCAUGGUGGCUUCCGGAGUCGGGGCCAGAAACGGGUUGCUGGUCAAAGGCGCGGAGCCACUUGAAAAUGCACAUAAGGUGAAAACGGUGAUCUUCGACAAGACCGGCACCAUAACUCGGGGUAGCACUGCCGUGGCCAAGGUCUCCUUGUUGACUGGAAGCGCCGACUCCCUGCACGAAGUCCUCUCCUGCAUACUGGCGGCGGAGCUCAAUUCUGAACACCCUGUCGCUUCAGCGAUCGUGCAGUUCUGCCGCAGCGUGCUGGGCAACGCUGCGCCCGCGCCGUGCGCCGGGUUCGUGGCGGCGCCGGGCUGCGGCCUGCGCGCGCGCGUCACGCUCACGCCGCGACUGCCCGCCGACACGCCUACAUACGAGGCUGGAUCUACGUUCACAGUCAGCGGGGUGCCGGUAGAAGUGGUCGGCAGCGAGGGUGAUGCGGCGCUGAGCUCCGCGCAGGCCCAGCACAGGCUCAGCGCGCUCAUACCCACGGACGAACGGGAAGUAGUAGUCCUGAUAGGGAACAGGGAGUGGAUGUCUCGCAACGGGGUCAAAGUGGGUCGGAGAGUGCAGGAAGCGCUUAAAGCGGACGAGCAGCUUGGCAGGACUGCCGUGUUGGCUGCCAUCAAUGAUGAGCUGGUGUGCACGAUAGGGGUCUCUGACGAGGUGAAGCCCGAGGCUCACCUGGCGGUGUACUGCUUGAAGAAGAUGGGGCUCGAGGUGUGUCUGCUGACGGGGGACAACAGGAAGACUGCCGUCGCCAUCGCCAGACAGGUGGGCAUCAACAAGGUGUAUGCGGAGGUGCUGCCCUCGCACAAGGUGGCCAAAAUACAGAAACUCCAAGAGCAGGGGCAGAAGGUCGCCAUGGUGGGUGACGGCGUGAACGACUCGCCGGCGCUCGCGCAGGCUGACGUUGGCAUCGCGAUCGCGAGCGGCACCGACGUGGCCGUGGAGGCGGCCGAUCUCGUGCUCAUGAGGAACGACCUGCUGGAUGUGUACGCGUGCCUCCUGCUGUCUCGCUCGUGCGUGCGGCGCGUCCGUCUCAACUUCCUGUUCGCGUCCGUGUACAACCUACUCGGCAUACCGUUGGCUAGCGGCGCUCUGGCCGUCUUCGGCCUGCAACUGCAGCCGUGGAUGGCGUCGGCGGCCAUGGCGAUGAGCUCCGUCUCCGUGGUGUGUUCCAGCCUGUUGCUCAAGACAUUCAGAAAACCGACGAAAGAAGAGCUCUGUACCCCCGAGUACCUGCAGUCCAUAAGGCUGGAGGACUUGGACAGCGUGUCGGUGCACAGGGGUCUGGACGAGAGGAUCGACUUCGGCGACCGGGGGAACUCGCCCAUCGCCAAAUUAUUCAACCGACACAAAAUAAGUGACGGCUGCCUGUUGCAAGAAGAGGACGACCUGAUGACCGUCUCUUUCAUACCGAAGCGACCCACCAAGGAUCAGCCCAGUAUCAACGACUGAGGAUUUCAGACUAGAUAAUAUCUAGACUGAAAUCUGGACUGAGAUGUUUUACAGUGUGUGUAUAUGGGGCAUCUAUGAAAAGAUGUUUUCAGUGUGGAUAUGGGGCAUUAUCUAUGAAAAGGGACCUUAUUGUCGAUGGCGCUUACGCCGCACAGCGUCGCGCGGCAUUGUAUUUAUAUCGGAGCAUCGUUAAUAAUGGCGUAAGCGCCACUGACUAUAAGGUCCCUUUUCGUAGAUAACGUCACAUAUUUGUAUAGAAGAUGUGAAGACAUGUUUGUUACCUAUUUUACCUGAGUAUUGUGUGUACAAAUACAAAUACAUGUUUAUAAAAAAAAAUUGAGCCUAUAUACGUCCCAAUGCUGGGCACAGGCCUCCUCUCAUGCGCGAGAGAGCUUGGGCUAUAGUCCCCACGCUAGCCCAAUACGGAUUGGGGACUUCACAGACACCUUUGAAUUUCUUCGCAGACGCAGACAUACAUACAUAUUUAAUAUAUUUUAUUUUUAUGGACUCAAUCGUACAAAGGGCCCCAGGGUUGCUAUAGCCGGUUAAACAACUAUGUCAGUAGAAAAAGGCGCGAAAUUGAAAUUUUCUAUGGGACGAUAACCCUUCGCGCCUACAUUUUUUUUAAAUUUGCCGCUUUUUUCUACGGCAAUGGCUUGACAUACUGUAUUAAUAUUUUUUGGCAACCGUCUUACAUAUAAUGUAAAAAAACGCUAUGAUUUUUGAAAAACUGCUGGCUGAAAAAAUUGCACCUUAAAAGGGACUUCCGCGCAUACAUGUUGAAAAUAAAUGUUUUAAAAAAUGUACAUGUGUUGCUACUUUACCGCACUAGUGCGAUAAUUAGCACAUGCGUUGCGUGACUAUGUCGAAAAUUUAAAGGGCCAUAUGUACUGUAAAAUGUACGAUACACGUGCGAAUAGGUAAUUCGCAACUCUUAUCGAUUUAAAACACUCCCUUCGGUCGUGUUUUAAUAUGUGACGUUCCACGGAAAAGGUACCUUAUGGCGGCUGGCGCUUACGUGGCGUUACGUGAGGUACCUUUACCCGUGGGACGUCACAUAUAUCGCCACUCUCUACUAUUGUACAUUGUUUAGCUUUUUAAAUUUGUACGAUGGAGUUUUAUAAUCAGUGAUAUUAUUAACCGCGAUGAAGCUAUCUGUUGUCAGUAUUUUCGAAAAUAAGCUUUUGAAGUGUUUAAAUUCUUCCAUUAUCUGUUUUAUAUCUGAAUUAGUUAUGUUUCUCUGUCUGUAAAAAAUUAAAAUCGUUUUAAUUACUAUUAAAGAAAAUAAGUUUCGAAAAACUCUUUGGGAACGAGCCGGGGUUUGAACCCGCGACCUCCAGAUUGAAAGUCGCACGCUCUUACCGCUAGGCCACCAGCGCUCUCACAACUAAUACAAUAAAUGAAUGAUUGAUAUUUUCUAUAAGAAUUUUAUAUAAUCCUAUUAAUCCUCCAAAGACUUGUAAAUAUUUUUAUCGGGCAAUCUUUUUUAAGAGUUUUUUUUAAAUGUUUAUUUAAUUUUGUAUCGUCCUAAAGUGAGAGGUCUAGGCGUUCUCUUUCGCACCUUAUGUACGUACUCAUUUUAUCGCCUUUAAAUAAGUAUAUAAUUAUUCAAGCGCUGUGUGCGAAAGAGACGACACUAUUACCUGCUAUCUCGCUCUUAAGGCUUUAUUAUAAUUAUAACAAUUAAUCAGGGAUCUCUUUAUAAAGCCUUUAGUCACAAUAUAAGAACUAAUGCAGUACAACGACUCUAUAAAAAUGUUAUAUAUGUGUACUACUCAUUUAUGUAUAAGAACUGAGUUUAUAGGAUUUUUAAAACUCGAUGGGUAUCAUUUCAAUACAACUUUACGGACCCUGGUAUGUCCUUAAACUACGUCCAAGACCACCGGUGGACGGGCAGCAGCGUCCCUCAAAUUCGGUGUACUCGACUGCGAUCGCCAACCCGCCUGCCAAGCGUGGCGAUUAUGGCAUACACCCCCCAAAAGGGGGAGGCCUAUGUUCAGCAGUGGACGUCUUAUGACUGAGAUGAUGAUGAUUACGGGAUUUGGCGUUUUUCUAAUAUAAAUUAUAUGGACAUGACAUCUGUCACCCUUACCAUCGAGUUAGAAAAAUGCUAUAGUGUUAGGUAAUUCAUGCCACAUAACUAAAAAGUACCUAGUUUGAUUUUAUAAGUUUUAAGGUCGAAAAUGCUUGCUCAAAAACAUGAUACUUAAGUAAUAUUAGGCUAGUUACACGAUACACCGCUUUGGCAUCUGCCUCUCUGCAGGUGACAAUUAACAAGACGCUUAUCAUGAAUAGUGACACAAAACAAAAUGAAAUGCCAUUCGACUUUAAAUCUUACCAGUAAAAGAUAGAAUAUUAAAUGCAAUAGCAUUUCAUUUUUAGUUGUACCACUGUUCAUGUGAGAUAUUCUGCACGAUUUGGGCAUAGAUGUACACUCAUUAAGACAUACAUUUUAUUUGGGUCCAAUAAUAAUAAUUUAUUGAUUAAUAAUAUCUCUUGAAAGAAAACAUAAUAUAAGGGGUAUAGAGUUAGACCAAGUUAAGUUGACAGCGAUCUUUAUAGCACAGACUGCGCAUGUGUUAUUUAAACGUCAUAAUUUCAUAGAAGUUUGACGUUUAAAAUAACACUUGUACAGUCUGGGCUAUCAAUCUCGCUGCCAACUUAGCUUGGUUUAACUCUAGUGACGUCCCACGGGUAAAAGUACCUUAUGGCGGUUGGCGCUUACGCUAUUAUUAACGUCGCUCCAAUACUAUUACGGUGUUAUGUGACGUAAGCACCAGCCGCCAUAAGGUACCUUUCGCCGUGGAACGUCACCUAUAAUCUCUAUAUAUUUUAUGACCUGCAUCAGAAGUAUUAUCAUCAUCAAUAUUUAAGAGUUCUUGUCGGUGGAGUAAUCGCUAUUCUUUUUUUUUGCUGGGCUUUUAACUCCCUCGUACGACGCGACAGAAACUCUAUCUUUUAUUUGGCUGAGAUAUAUAUCCUCCUCCUUCUUCUUCCGGCCUUGUCCCAUUUCUAAUUGGGGUCGGCUCUCCUAAUCCUCCUUCUCCAGAGAACUGACUGAGAUAUAUACCGGGUGUGGCCUAUAACACAAGCAAAUAAUUAAAACAUAGAUUAUAUUCCUCAAACGAUGACACUUUUGUUCAACAACUUUUAAUAAUUAUGAGGUAUUUAGAGUCCCUAUUUUUCAUACAUAAUAAAUAUUAUUUUCAAUGGACGCCAUCGCCACGCCAUAUCAUUGUGAUUGACGUUGCUUGUCACGCCUUAAACAUAACAAAAUUCGCAAUACAUUGCGUCUUAGAAUAAACUUUAAAGUGUAUUAAAAAUCAAACCACAAAUUAUUUUUAAAAGUCGCUGAACAAAUGUUGGUCAGUAUGACGAGUACAGCCUAUAGUUAAAUUUUUUGCUCGUAUUACAGGCCACACCCGGUAUGUGUUUUUGGCUGAGAUAUAUAUGUGAGCGGCAAUAUUAUAUCGAGCGUUUUUUCUGGAGUUGUUGUACUGCAUGUAUUUAUUAUGUGUUAGUCAUGUAUCCCAGCUAAUCCUUCGAUGUAUCGUAGACGUACCUACUCUAGCGCAAGUAUUCUAUUUUUUUAUUGUACUGAAUAAAAAUGUAUACUUUUUGAUAA